GGCAGAAUUUAUCCAAGAAAUUGUGAAAGAGAUGAUGGAGAUAUUGAGUUCCAAAUCCUCAAGCAUUACCAAAAAUUUCACAGGAAUGGAAUCUACUAUUGCAAAAAUGAUCCCUUUGUAUUUAGGUUUUGAGAAUAAUGUUUACAUGAUAGGGAUUCAUGGUAUGGGGGGUUUGGGAAAGACAACUCUUGCUAGAAUUGUUUAUGAUGAGUUUCAUAUUCAUUUUGAAGGUUCUAGCUUUAUUGCUAAUAUUAGGGAAGAUUCACAAAAACACGGUUUGCCACGAUUACAAAAGCAGCUUCUUGUCGACAUUUUGAAGGACAAAGAAAUAAAUAUACAGAAUGUUUUUGAAGGAGUUGAAAUGAUUAAGAAAAGGCUAUGCCAUAAAAAAGUUCUACUUGUUAUAGAUGAUGUCAACUAUUUGGACCAAUUAGAAAAAUUGGUUGGAGAGAAAAACUGGUUUGGAUUGGGGAGUUGGAUCAUCAUAACAACUAGAGAUGAACGUGUGUUGAUCCAACAUGGAGUGCUUAGAAGAUAUAAGCCUGAGGUAUUAAAUAAUGAUGAUGCUUUAAAACUUUUUUGUUUGAAAGCCUUCAAAAUGGAGCAACCCAAAGAAGGUUAUAUGCAGCUCUCCCAAAAAGUUGUAGAAUAUGCUAAUGGCCUUCCACUAGCUCUUGUUACUUUGGGUUCCUUUUUGGUUGAAAGAACAAUUGAUGAAUGGCAAAGUACAUUGAAUAAUUUUAAGGAAACUAAAGGAGAGAUCUAUGAUAUACUUAAAAUAAGUUACGAUGGACUAGAGGAAAUGUGGAAGGAGAUAGUUUUAGAUAUUACAUGUUUCUUUAGAGGGUAUACGAAAGAUGAAGUACUAGAGACAUUAAAAAAUCGAGGUUUUGAUGCAAAAAUUGGUUUAAGUGUUCUUGUGGAAAAAUCUCUCAUAACCAUGGAUGACAAUGAACAUUUAGGGAUGCAUGAUCUACUACAAGAAAUGGGUCAAAAAAUUGUUCGUCUAAAUUCAAGUGGAAAUCUUGGAAAGCAGAGCAGGUUGUGGCUUAGUGAGGACUUGCUUUGUGUAUUGAAGAACAAUAUGUCUUUGUUUUCAAAAUAUAAGGCAACAAACGCAAUUCAAGCCAUAGUCGUCAACUGCAAAGAAGAGGAUUGCAGUUAUGGAGAAUUUUCUGAAGUUUUUUCAAAGAUGUCUAAUCUUAGAUUGUUAAGUAUUUGUCACUUGCACUCCAAGAAUACUCUCAAUCGUGAUCCCAAUGAGCUAAGAUAUCUUGAACGGGAGUGUUAUUCUUUAAAAUGUUUGCCAUCCGGUUUCCCACCAAAGGAGCUUGUUCAACUUGACUUGAAGUAUAGCAGAAUCAAAUAUCUUUGGGAAGGAGUAAAGAUUUUAGGCAAGUUAAAGUACAUCAAUAUUUCCUCUUCCAACCUUAUUAGGACACCUGACUUUUCAGGUAUUCCGAGUCUUGAGAAAGUAAAUCUUUCUGGGUGCCAUAGUUUGGUUGAGAUCCACCCAUCAAUUGGACAACUCAGCAGGCUUAGGCAUUUAGAACUGUCGUUCUGCAGUUCUCUUGCCAAUCUUCCCAGCAUAUCUGCUAAAAUAGAGUCCCUUACAGUUCUUAAUCUUGGUAGUUGCUCGAAUUUGAGGAUGAUUCCCAAAUUUAAGGGAAUUAUGAAAAGCCUAUCAGAACUUCGUUUAAGUUGGACUGCUAUUAAGGAACUACCACCCACAUCAAUGAAGUGUUUGUCCUCCUUAAAAUAUUUAACACUAAGUGGAAUCAAUUUUGUCACCCUGCCUGUAAGCAUCAGUCAACUUUCCAACCUUGAAGCUCUUGAUUUUUCUCACUGUGUGAAGCUUCGAUCAGUACCAGAGCUUCCAGCAAGUGUGACAUAUAUAAAAGCUGAAGGAUGUACUUCUCUAGAACCAUUACCAGCACUGCUUAGACAGAGCAGUUUGUCACGACCUCCUUCUCAGUCUUAUGAUGAGAGCAGCGGUGGAGUGGUAUUUACAAUACUGAACCGUUACCUACAGAGACUCCUUUGUCGUAAAACUGGAUAUGAAACUUCCCCCAAAAGGAAAGAUGAUCGAUCUAAAACUGAAUUUCAGAUAAGUAUUCCUGGAUUUCGAACUCCGCGGUGGUUAAGUCAUCAAAGGUUGGGGAACUCCAUGAGCAUAAAGCUGUCUCCAAAUUGGCGUAAUAGUAGGUGGAUGGGAUUCGCACUCUGUGCACUUAUCGAAGCACGUAAGGAUUGUUGUUUUGGUGAGCUUGAUAUUAAAGACAAGGAAGAGUCAAACCAAGCAAUUGCACAAUGCAGCAGUAGCCGUGUCAUUACUUAUGAAGGUUGGGAUGGUGUCCAUCAUGGAUUUGACAAUUCAACAAGUAGUUGCGAUGACUAUAGCGAUAUUGAACCUGAGGAAAGUGAUCUCUACCCUACCAACUCAGAUGUUGACAAAUAUGGAAUUGGUGGUGAUGAUGUAUAUGUAGUUGGCGGUGAUGAUGAUGAUGAUGAUGAUGGUGAUGAUGAUGCUUCAUAUGCAGAUGAUGAUGUAUAUGUAGAUGAUGAUGAUGAUGAUGGUGCAUAUGCAGAUGAUAAUGAUGGUGAUGUAUAUGAAGAUGGUGAUGUAUAUGUAGAUGAUGAUGAUGAUGCUUCAUAUGCAGAUGAUGAUGUUUUUGUAGAUGAUGAUGACGAUGAUCAAAUGAUGCACAUGUUAAUGGUGAUGUAUAUGUAG